AUGUGUCGUAUAGCUAUAGUGUUUGUCCUUAUUGGGCUUGCAGUUACUGUCUAUAGUAAUGCUCAGUCAUAUAAGUCUAUAGAACGAAUUGAUUGUUAUCCGGAACGUGAAUCUCCAUUUUCAAACUUUUCAAAAGAAGCAUGCCUAACACGUAAUUGCUUAUUCGACGAGGAUGCACUUCAAAAUGAAAUUCAAUGUUAUUUACGAUCGAACUACGGAUACAUCUUAGAAUCGGAUAUGCACCAAACAGAUAAUGGUAUUCGUCUACGAUUACAACGAAAUCAAGCCGUUGCCAGUAUGUUUCCUGCUCCAAUCGAUAAUGUCAUACUUGACGUACAAUAUUACACUGAUGAUAUACUCAGAUUUAAAUUGUACGAUGCGGAUAAUCAACGAUAUGAGGUGCCUAUUCCAUUAACUCCUUCACCUGGUCGAAUAUCAUCGCCUCAAUAUGAAUUUACUUAUUCAUCGAAUUUUUCACGUGAUAAUAUUUUUUCAUUUCGAAUUCAGCGUCGAAUCAUUGGUGCGACAUUAUUCGAUACAUCUCCUGGCGGUCUUAUACUGAAUAAUCAAUUUCUUCAAAUAGUCACACGAUUACAAUCACCACAUGUCUACGGAUUCGGCGAGAAUAAUCAUGAUACAUUGAAACAUAAUGUUGACGAACAUAAAACAUGGGGUAUUUUUGCUCGUGAUCAAGGUACCAAUUGGGAUACCAAUGCUAAUCAUUAUGGUUCGCAUCCAUUUUAUCUUGUUAUGGAACAAAUACCAAAUUCAGCACAAGCUCCAUCGGGUAACAUGCAUGGUGUUCUCUUGCUCAAUUCAAAUGCAAUGGAUUAUUCAUUUUCAUCAAUGCCAUCAUUAACAAUGCGUACCAUAGGUGGUAUUCUUGAUUUUUUUGUAUUUCUCGGUCCGAAACCAGAACAAGUCAUUCAGCAAUACACAUGGCUUGUUGGUCGAUCAAUUCUUCCGCCGUAUUGGUCACUCGGUUUUCAACUUGCACGUUGGGACUAUUCGAAUUUGACACAUAUGCAAAAUGUUGUCAAACGAAACCGUGAUGCUGGAAUUCCACUAGAUGUUCAAUAUGCUGAUAUUGAUUAUAUGGAUGCAAAAAAACUUUUCACUAUUGACCCAAUCAAUUAUCGUGGAUUAAAAGAGUAUUUUGCUCAAUUGAAUGCUGAAGGAAUUAGAACUAUUAUUAUACUUGAUCCUGGUCCAAUUGAUGAUCAAGUUUAUUAUGCACCAACAAUUGAAGGUAUUCAAGAAGAUGUUUUCAUCAAAUGGGACGAUGGACAAACACCUGUGAAAGGUACUUGUUGGCCAGGUGAUAUUUUCUUUCCAGGUAAAACAGUAUUUCCCGAUUUCUUGUAUCCACCAGCACACGAAUGGUGGAAGUCACAAAUUGUUGAUUAUCAUACUAAACUCAAAUUUGACGGUCUCUGGAUUGAUAUGAACGAACCAGCUAAUUUCGAUACAAAUAAAGAGAAACCAUGGAAUUGGAAUCGACCGGAACCGUGGAAUCUCCAUUGUCCUGUUGAUAGUGAAUCUUUAGAUAAGCCACCGUACAAGACAGCAAUUUGUGGCGAUUAUUUAUCGGACAAAACAUUGUGUAUGAUUGGUGAACAGGCAGAUGGACAAGGCAAAAUUUAUCAUCAUUAUGAUGUCCACAGUCUAUAUGGAUGGUCAGAAACAAUAGCCACAUUGCCGGCUGCACGUGCCACUGAAAAUAAACGAUCGAUUAUAAUAAGUCGAUCAACAUUUCCGACUUCAGGCUCAUUCAGUGGUCACUGGCUAGGGGAUAAUACAGCCGAUUGGUCACAUCUUAAACAUAAUAUCAUUGGAAUGCUAGAGUUUAAUUUAUUUGGUAUCCCUUAUAUAGGUGCCGAUAUUUGUGGCUACUUUCGAGAUACAACAGAGCAACUAUGUCAACGAUGGAUGCAACUAGGUGCUUUCAAUCCGUUCUUUCGAAAUCACAAUGGUUUUAAUUAUAUCGAUCAAGAUCCUGGAAUAUUUUCGACAGAAGUUGUUACAUCAAAUCGUCAUGCUGUUGAAUUACGUUACAGUCUCAAUCCAUAUUUGUACACACUAUUCCAUCGAGUUCAUAUUUCAGGUGGUACUGUUGUUCGUUCUAUGGCUCAUGAAUUCCCUUCCAUCCCUGAAUGUUGGUCACUUGAUGAACAAUUUUUAUGGGGUCCAUCAUUACUCAUUGCUCCAGUUAUCUAUGAAAAUCAUGUCAAUAAGUCGAUUUAUUUACCUACAACUGAGCGAUGGUUUGAUUAUUAUACUGGUCAAGAACAGACAAUACUUGCACAAAUUACAGUAUCAGCACCAUACAACUUUAUUCCAUUAUUCUUACGUGGUGGUGCUAUCAUACCACAUCAGCAGUCGGCUAUGAAUACUGUGCUAUCACGUAAGAAACCCAUGUAUCUUAUUAUUGCACUCAAUACAGAGCAACGUGCUAGUGGAGAUCUAUUCUGGGAUGAUGGUGAAUCGAUUGAUACUUAUGAAAACUUGCUUUAUAAUUAUUUUAUUUUUAAUUUCAAUUCACAACGUUUAACACUUGAACCUUGGACAUAUAAUUAUCCACAAAUGGGCAAUGAUGUCAAAUUGAAUGAAAUAAAAGUAUUUGGCAUGAAUAAACGACCGACAACAGUUAUAUGGAAUGGACAAAAUUUAAUAGCAAGUAAAUGGACAUUCGAUACGACGAAGAAUGUCUUGCAUAUGCAAAUGCUCGCUUUGAAUAUGGCUAAAAUACAGAAAUUUGUUUUUAUUUGA